CAUCGAGUGAAUUAAGCUGGUGCACGGAAGCUUACCGUCUUUGGUCCGUAUUUUGGUCUAGCGCGAUCAUACAAGAGCUCAUCGAACGAUGCUGCUGUUACCGGUGCUGCUAGUGUCCGUUUGCAUGAUUGGGCGUCAUGUCGCGGCCAACGGGUUCAACGUCAACCAGUAUCCUCAGGCACAGGUGAACGCUUGGACGCAGGCAUGUCGCAGCUUCCAGGCCCAGGCAUUGGCCUCGCAGGCCCAACAGAAUCAGUUCUUCUCGAACAUGUUCCCGCAGGUGCAGCUCCCACCGCUACCGUUUACCGAUCUUUGCUCGCAGAGUGGGUUUGCUGGGGCCGGUGCCGGUGCCAGUGCCGGUACCUUUAGCCACGGUGGAUCGGGCGUUGGUGUAACAUCGUUUAACAAUCGGUUUGGUGGUGACGACGGUGGUUAUGGAGGUAACGGAGGCGUGCAGGGCGUUAGCGUCAGCAGCAGUUCGAACGGAUUCGGACAGGGUGGAACUACGGUGACGCACUUCGGAAAUGGCGGUGCGUCUACUAACUAUAUCCCCCACAACCAGCACGGUGGCGGCUUUUCGACGGCGAACCGUUUCGGUGGAAGCGCCGGACAGGGUGUAAGUGUGUCGUCCUUUGGUACGAACAAUGGCGGCGGCUAUGCAACGGCUAGUCGAUUCGGUGGCGGGUCCGGCGGUACUACGCACUACGUUUCGAACAAUGGUGGAACGGUUGGUGCUUAUGGACCGAACGGGGGAAGCUUUGCAUCGGCCACCCGUUUCGGAGGCUCCAAUGCGGGCGGUAAUUACGGUAGUGGUGGGUAUGGAGGAGGAAGCUACGGGGGUGGAAAGGGUGUGGCCGUUGGAAGUAGUGUGUCAUCCACCAACUUUGGCAAUGGGCAAGGAUCAGUGCAGACGAGCGUUUACAAGCAGCACUACUAAGACUCACCACCACCACUCACCAAACCGUGCGGUGACGAGAUCUACUCGUAUCUGUGAUCUGAUCACGUCCAUUAGCAUUAAUAAUCGAUAGUACAUCGUCGGCUCAUCACCUUACAUUGAAGCAUUCUUAUCUGUUAAAGUUCUGUACGAAACCUGCUACCAGUUAAAUUAAAAUAA